AUGGCGGCGCUCGUCGACCAGGUCAAAGGCAAGCGCCAGCAGCUCGCGCCGUCGGCCGAGUCGCUGGACCUGCGCGCCAUGGCCGCGGCCCAGUACGCGAACACGGACCACGACACGGACUACGGCCGCCUCGUCCAGGGGCAGGUGGACCACACGCGCUUCCCCGGGCGCCGCGUCCGCGCGACGGCGGCGGAACUAGAAACCGUGGCGGCCGACUUCCGCGAGAACUUUGGCGGCGUCGCCGAGACGACCCGCUUCCUGCUGGGCACGUGCCCCGCGUGCCAGCGGGAGGUCACGCACGGCGACUUCGGCGUCGACCACAUUUUUUACUAUUUAGAGGGCGACGAGGACAAGAAGCCGGUCAAGGCGCGCUCGAUCCCGCGCAUCUGGCGCGGGCCCUGCGCCGAGAAGCGCGCGAAGCAGAUGAGGAAGCCGCGGGUGAAGAGCCGGACGGAGAAGGCGCUCGCCGACGAGUGGACGUCCUUCGUCAACGACGUGAACCGCGAGCAGGGCCACGCCGUCGUCGAGGAGGAGGCGGCGGCGACGCCCGCGAACGCGGCGACGGCGUCGCUCUGGGCCUGGCUCGCGGAGGCGCUCGUCGGCGCCGCGGGCGCCGAGGGCAAGGUGUCCUUCGAGGUCACGCGCGUCGACCCGCUCCCGGGCAGCGACGUCGACGCGCGCCGCGGCGCCUUCGCCGUGCGGCUCCGCGUGAGCUACCGCGCGACGACGGCGCUCGUCACCGGCGAGCCCGUCGACGCCGCGGGGAGCUCCGUCGUGUCGCUCUCGCUCGAGCCCGGCGCCGCCGCCGUCGCCAUGGCCACGGAGCCCGGCGGCGCCGCCGCGCUCGCGUCGGCGCCGCCGGCCGACGGCGACGUCCUCGACCGGUGCCUCCGCAAGGUCGACCUCGCGGCCAAGGUCUGGGCGAAGAAGGGCGCCGCGGGCUACGGCGCGUCGUGCACGCGCAAGGGCUGCGUCUACCGCCACCCGCCCAAGCCCGCGAAGAAGGCGGUGAAGAACGUGGAGAUCUGCGUCCACUUCAUCGGCGGGGCCUGCAGCUUCGGCGACAAGUGCGCGAACCGCCACCCGGGCAAGGCCGAGGCCGCGCGGUUCCGGGAGACGUGCGCGUCGAUCGCGUGCCGCUUCGGCGCCGGCUGCGCGAACGCCGCGUGCCUCUACAACCACGACGGCCGGGGCCGCGUGCCCGCGGCGCGCCCGGCGCCCGCGCCCGCGCCGCCGGCGGCGCCGCCGCCGGCGCCCGCGGGCGACGGCUGGUGGCAGGCGCCGGGCGCGCUCGGCGAGGGCGGCGACGAGUGCUGCGACCCCAUCUCGCUCGAGCCCCUCGCGGAGCUGGGCUACCCGCCCUUCGGCCUCUGGGAGAGCGGCCGCUGGCACUGGUUCGACGGCGCCGUGCUCGCCACGUACCUCGUGUCCACGGCGACGUUCGCGAACCCGCUCACGCGGACGGCGCUCGCGCGCGAGGACUGCCGCGCGCUCGACGACUACCUCAACGACCACGGCCUGCGCGCGAGCGAGAACAUGGGGAGCGUGCUCGUGACCCACGCCUUCGACCUCCUCGAGCUCACGGCCCGCGGCGGCGGCGCCGAGGAGCGCGCGAUGGUCUCGCGGUCGCAGCGCGAGGCGACGACGGUGCUCCGCAGCCUCUUCGGCUUCGCGCGCUACGAGCCGCCGCCGGAGCCGCCGCGCUUCCCCGACGCGCCGCCGCCCCGGGCGCCGGCGCCCUACGAGGACUCCUUCGCGCCGCGGCCCGGCGGCCUCGGCCUCGGCGGCGGCGCGUCGCUCGGCGACGCGCUCGCGGCCGCCGAGGGGCCGCGCGUGCCCUACGGCGCCGCGGCCUCGGCGCCCCUCGACGACGUCGCGGAGAGCGACCUCGACGCCGGCGCCUUCCCCGCGCUCAGCGCGCUCGCGGCGCUCGGCCUCGGCGACGCGCCGCCGCCGCCGCCGCUCGGCGCGCCGUCGUUCGCCGCGCAGGCGGCCAAGCCCGCCGCGCCCGGCGCGUUCGAGGUCCCGGCCUACGUCGAGGCGCCCCAGAGCGCCGGCGGCGGCCGCCGGGCCGUCCGCGUGCCCCGCGAGAUCCAGUGCGAGAUCUGGGUGCCCCUGCGGAACGCGCGCGUCUUCGAGGUCCGCGACCCCAUCGAGCGCUACCGCCUCGUCGCCGCGGCGCACGACCGCGGCGACGUCGUCGACCUCCACUUCCAGUCCAACCGCACGGCGCCCGUCGUCCUCGACGCCGUCCUCGACGCCGCGCUCGCGGGCCACCCCGCGGGCGUCUGGGUCGUCACGGGCUCGGGCCACCACGCGCCCCAGCGCAGCCACCAGAAGCUCCACGCCACGCUCUUCCAUUUUACGCAGGACUGGCUCGCGACGCGCCGCUACGCCUUCGCCGUCGCCAAGGACCACAACGGCUUCGCCGGCGCGUUCCUCGUCACGGGGCUCCCGCCCGACCGGCGCGCGGCGCGCUUCGUCCGCGGCGCCGCGGGCGCGACCUGGGGCCCGCCGCCGGCCGCGGGCGGCUGGUUGAGGAUCAGAGAGCACGCGCGCCACCGUGUUCGCGGAUUCCGGUCCAGGGGCCACAGCGACAUGAGCACGCGCCUCGUGCUCCUCGCCCUCGCGGCGUCGAGCGCCGCGGCGUUCAAGAACAUCAAGAAGCGCGCGGAGGUCACCGUCGGCGCGCCCAAGGUCGGCCGGCCGCCGGCGGCGCGGCCGGGCGACCCCCCGGCGGCCAAGCGGCGCGGCGCGCCCCGGCGCGGCGCGGGCGCCCCCGCCGGGGGCGCGCCCCGGCGCCCGUCCAAGGCCGCGCUCGCGGCGCGCGCGCCCGGCGCGGCGCGCGGCGCGGCGGCCGCGGGCCGCGAGGCCGGCGCGCGCGGCGCGCGGCGCCUCCAGAACUGGUGCUACGGCGAGGACGGCACCCAGCACGAGUGCGACGACGACGAGCACAUGUACUACUACGGCGAGUACAAGUACUCCGACUUCUACUACGGCGAGACGUACUACUCGGGCGGCGGCGUCGCCGACGACGACCACUACUACGGCGCGCACGACCACUGCCUGGACCUCGCGCAGACCUGGCGCUGCCACGCCAAGCAGUUCCGGUACGAGGCCGACAGCGACUGCGAGAUCUGCUCCGGCCCGGGCAUGGUCUGCGAGCCCGGCACCAAGGGCGGCAAGCUCUGCGAGGACACGCUCGGCUUCUGCGGCGAGCACGACGCCUUCGAGGACUACGUCCACGGCGGCUACGGCUCGCUCACGAUGCAGGACAAGGCGGACAUGGAGGCCGAGGAGGCCGAGCACGGCGUGUCGCACCCCUGCAUCUCCGAGGCCUGCCUCGGCGACCCGAAAGGGUCCGCGUGCGCCGCGGACAUGACGGGCUACUGCGGCAACAACGAGACCAAAUGCUCCGCCACGGGCUGCACGAGCUUCUACCACAACGUCGAGUGGCACCGCGAGGACGCGUUGGGCGCCGUCUCGGGCGCGCCCGGCCCCUUCGUCUCGGGCGCCGCCAAGGACGACGUGCUCGACGAGCGCUACGCCGAGACGGGCUGCCCCUUCGCGGACGAGGCCGCCACGUGCCAGCGCGCCGAGUGCGUCGCCUACAAGAGCCAGAUCACGCAGUACGCGCGCGAGGACGCGUGGGACAUGUUCCGCCGCCACCCGCGGGCCAAGAAGCGCUUCGUCGACAAGCUCGUCGACGUCUGCAACGGCAACCUGCCGCCGCCGCCGGAGUGCGUCGACCGGCACGUGGGGCUCGACUACUGGGGCCAGUGCCACAUCAGAUCAACCACGUGCGUCCCGAUCGGCGUGCUCGUCGAGGGCGUGCUCGUCGGCACGUCGCCCACCGGCUGGUUGGGGUGCCCGGCCUGGCUCGACGAGAAGUCGGACGAACUGCGCGGCGUCGGCGACGCCGGCGGCCCCUGCGGUGACGGUGGCGCCGGGUACCCGACCGCGCCCACGACCCAACCGACGGCCCCGCCCACGGGCACCGAUCAGUGCUUCAUGGAGCUGCUCCCGGACGCGGACGCGUGCUCGGCCUCGUCGCAGGAGGACGGCGCCCACUGCGGGAGAACGCUCGACGGUCAGAACGACACGGGCUGGUUGGCCGAAAAUUCGACCAACCAGUCGAUCGCCUACGACCUCAAGGCGACGCACACCGUGACGGGCGUGUGCCUGGUCUGGGACUGGAGCGGGGACAACAUGUUCGGGGCUACGAGCGUGCGCGUCGACACGUCGGACGACGGCUCGACUUGGACGACGAGCCCGAGCUGGACCUACGACGAGACCGACGGCAUGCUCGCCGGCAACGGCGACCCGAGCUUGCUCCCGGACGUCAUGGACGCGUGCUUCGCCAUAAGCCCCGUCGAGACGCAGCACAUCCGCCUCUUCUUCGAGGAGGCCUUCGAUGUCUAUUUGGGCAUCGCGGAAGUCCGGUUCGUGGAGCUGCGCGGGAUUACGUCCCUCGAGGAGGCCAGCGACUGCCUUUCUCUUGCUUCCUACAGCUACACUUACUCGUACGGCUCCGAGGUCGGGACGCCCGCGAACCGCCGCGACCGGCGCCUCGGCGCGGGCGCGAUCGACGAGGAGUCGGCCUUCGAGGCCUGGUGGGACCGCGCCCCGGGGCGGUUCCCCUUCGGCGGCCGCGGCCUCGCCGAGGACUACCCCGGCUUCGACGAGAAGAAGGGCACGUACUGCGGCUUCUCCUUCUGCGCGGCGGGCCACGCGUGCCACGCGUGCGCGGCGAACGCGGCGAACGCGACCGCGGUCCAGGCCUGCUGCGCCGCCUACGACGUCGCCGGCACGAAGGCCGGCAAGACCAAGGACGCGCGGCACCAGUGCGCCGAGGCCGUCGUCGACUACUGCGAGGGCCCGGGGCUCAACGACACGGCGUGCGCGCCGUCGUUCGGCGAGCACCACGCGCCCUGCGAGGCCUUCGCGGCGCGGCCGCUCUGCGAGCGGUCCGCGUGCUCGCUCUACCGGCGGGAGGUCCUCGAGGCCUACGGCGCGGCCAAGGCCUUCCGCGCGGGCGAGCACGAGUGGGUCCGCCGCGCGACGCCCGGCGCGUUCGGCGACGACGCCUACGCGCCGCCGCCCUGGGACGCCAUCGCGUCGCCCUACGCCACGACGAUCUGCGGCGCGGCCAACGCGAAGCUCCUCUACGAGUGCACGACGCUGACCAUCGACGACUGCAACGCGAAGGACCACUGGGGCGACGAGGACUGCAAGACGAAGCUCUCGACGUGCGGCGACGGGCUCCUGACCUGGGGCGAGGAGUGCGAGGGCAAGGGCUUCGACGGCUGCCACGAGUGCGAGUACGACGUCCGGCUCACCUACUGCCACACGCCGGGAGAACCCUGCGAGGCCUGCUACCGCGCGCACGCGGUCGAGGUCAUCGGCGGCAACUCGCGCGACUACUGCCCCAUGUGCAAGGAGCGCAUGGACCUGAGCCUGGGCUUCGGGCCGAGCGACGACCUGCCGUCGCCCUGCGAGGUCGACGCGUGCCUCAAGGUGACGGACCUCGACGGCGCGCGGGCCUGCGACGCCGCCGUCGCCGAGUACUGCGGCGCCGUCGGCGCCGUCGGCGGCCGCGACCCGGGCUGCGAGGCCUACGCGCCCCAGGCCUACGACUACGCGCUCCCCCAGGUCGCCAACGACUGCGCCUACCAGCUCGAGCGCCUCGACUUCGCCGUGUCCGACGACUGGGCCAUCGUCGGCGCGGAGGUGCUCGUCGUCACGUGCGAGUUCAUCGACAAGGCGGGCGUCCUCGAGGACCUGACGCCCUACAUCCCCUACGUCUACCACCCGACCUUCCACAUGAGCGACGAGAAGCUCGCGGAGCUCGGCGAGGACAUGCCGGAGGUCCACGCGGCCCUCACGGCGUGGAACGGCACGCUCCCCGCGCGCUACGGCUACCGCGACCUCUUCCCGAUGACCGAGGUCGCGCUCGACGAGGUCUACGAGUACGGCAACGUCGACAUCUACGAGGAGGCGAGCUGGGACCGCGACUACGGCCGGACGCUCCACCGCGGCUGGGAGUCCGUCGCGCGGCUCGUCGUCAAGGACGGCCGCGUCGGCGGCGACGGCGACGGCGACGACGCGUUCGGCGGCUACUACUACUACGACGAGUACUCCAGCGACUGGGACGACGACUGGUACCAGGACGACCACUGCGACGACUGGUCGGGCCGGGCGCUCGUCACGCUCCCGCCCUGCGCGCGCGACCCCAUGGCGCACGCGACGGACAUGCUCGCGAGGCGCCUCAAGUGGGGCGCGGUCCACGACACGGGCGACCGGGACUCGCAGUGGUCGCCGUACGGGGGCCUGCCGACGGGCAACGUCGACUGCGAGCUCGUGCCCGGCACCUACGUCGGCGCGACCAUCGCCUCCUGGAUCUACGCGGACUGGGACGGCACGCUCCGCAAGGAGGUCGAGUGGAUCUGGGGCGACGGCGGCGACGUCCGCGUCGACGAGGCGCUCGAGGGCGGCGGCCUCGCGCUCCGCUUCGGCGAGGACGCCAUGUUCGCGAGCGGCUGCGCCGACACGGACUGCGCCUACGCCAUCGAGUCCUGCGCGACCAUCGAGCUCGCGCCGCGCGUCAUGGAGCCGUCCGCGGCCGCGUUCCACGAGGUCGAGGCCGAGCUCGUCGGCGCGAUCGACGCGCUCAUGGACGUCCGCGACUGGGGCGACCUGAGCGUGGCCAACUUCCGCAUCGCCCAGCUCGCGGCGUCGGCCGCCUACAAGGACGCCCUCGACCUCGUCGACGAGCUCCUCGUCGUCGGCGAGAAGACGACGUACCUCUCGGGCGUCGAGGACUACUGCCCGCACGACUACCACGUCUACAACGCGACGACCUACGUCUGGGACCGGAACCCGGCCUGGCAGGGCGACCCCUGCUGCAACUGGGAGCUCCGGCGGGCCCAGUGCUGCCGCCCCGCGGACGUGCCCAACGGCUUCGCGCGCGUCGUCGAGUCCGCGGACGUGCCCGCGCUCCGGACGCGGUGCACGAACGCGUCCGUCGCGGAGAUGCUCGGCAAGCUGCCCCAGAUCAUGGAGAGCGUCAACGGCGCCGCGGCCUGCGCCGAGGCGCUCGCGUCCGGCGCCGCGUCGGAGACGAACAAGAACCAGUUCGACGAGUUCUGGCGCUUCCGCGACGAGUGCCGCGACGCGAUCGAGAACGGCGAGGACUCGGACGUCGGCAACGCCUGCGAGACCGCGGACGACUGCUACUGCUCCUACAGCACCUGCGAGACCGAAUCCUGGAGCGCCUCCAAGGUCUGCCAGACGACGACGGAGGACUUCGUCAAGUGCGAGGCCGAGUGCUACGGGUCGAAGAUCGACGCCGUCGCGAUGCGGUUCCUCAAGCAGGACUGGAACGUGUCCGCGACGGACGACGCGGGCUACGUCGACGCCUUCGUCGCCCGCAUGACCGACGACCACUGCAUCGGCGACCGCCAGUGGGAGGACGGCAUCAACUCGCCGCCGGGCGUCCGCUGGGUCUGCGACCGCCAGUGCCAGAUGGACAACGCGUGCGACUCGUGGACGCUCGUCGACGCCUACCGGGCGCAGCACCGGGAACACUGCGAGGCCAACGGCUUCUCCACGCCGGAGUGCUUCCGGCCCGCCUCCUGCGACGACUGGUCGACCUACGACUGGGAGACCUGCGAGCACUGGAGCGACUUCUACCGCAACGCGGACCUCUGCGCGUUCUACGGCGGCAACCUCGAGUGCACCUGGGAGAACGCCGACGGGGACUGCGGGCACCACGACUGCAAGUUCCCGCCGGCGAACACUCCCUCGGGCCUGCCCUGCGACGCCUACGACCAGUGCCGCGAGGCGCAGCGCGAGCCGUGCGAGACGUCCGCCGGCUGCGAGGCCGCCGGCGGGACGUGGUACAACGACCAAUCCGACGAGGACUGGUGCUGGGGCGAGUGCGGCCAAUGCUGCCCCGCCGGCGCCCACGUCAGCGUGGCACCCUGGGACCCGGACUACGAGCAGUGCACCUGGAAGGAGCCGGGCUUCCCCGACGCGCACGAGCUCGGGCACCCGACGUGCUGCGCCAUCUACGGCGGAAGCUGGCGCCAGGAGGGGGACGAGCCCACCGAGGGCGCCUGCUGCUACGGCGAGUUCAUGACGUGGUGCGACUGGGGCACGAACGACUGCCACACCUACUGCAACGAGCACGCGUCGUUCGAGUGCUGGGACGAGGACGCGUGCGACCAGGACGCGUGCGCGGACUGCCACGACGAGCAGGACUGCUGCGGCGACAAAUUCGUCCCCAUCGACGCGGCCAAGUGCGAGUCCUUCGAGGCGUGCAACAGCCUCGAGUACCGCGAGGUUUGGGGCGACCACCACGGCGAGGCCUGCGACGUCGACGAGGGCUGGUGCGGCAUGUGCUACGGCACGUGGUGCUACGAGGAGAGCGAGCCGACGACGUGCUACUGGAGCGACGGCGACCUGACCGAGGCCGACUGCGCCGCGCUCGGCGGCGCCUGGGACGAGGACUCCCACUGGCUCUCCUGCGCGCGCGCCGUCGCGCUCACGGGCGACCCGGCCGCCGACGGCGCGGCGUGCUUCGCGCACGUGUCGGACUACGCCGGCGCGCCCCCGGCCGCGGACGCGUGCCCGAGCCCGACCCGCGACGACGACUACAUCGUCGCGCCGGCCUACCCGUGGCACGGGACUUGGUGCUCGCGGGGCUGCUACUACACGGCGCCCGUCGAGAGCUGGGACAUGUCCUACUGCGGCUACGUGGUACGGGGCCCCGACUGGGAGUUGGGCGGCGACGUGGAUUUCGACGACGAGCUCUGCUCCUUCUCCGCCGCCGAGUCGGAGUGCUCCGGCGCCGUCACCGUGUACACGUGGCCGAACGGCAAGGGCGUCUACGAGCAGAUGGCCGUCGCGCCCGCGUACGAGAGCGGCGGCGCGUUCAGGUACUGCACCUUCGCCAGGGCCUCCUGGACCGAGACGCGCAUGGACUGCGAGGCGGGCGGCUGGUACGACGCGAACGCUCGCGGCGGCGAGGGCGCGUGCCGGGAGACCGACGAGCUGCUCGACGCGGGCGCGUGCGAGGCCGUCGGCGGCGCGCUCGUGCCGCACGACAUCUACUACCGCCCGGGCCGCUUCGGGACCGAGGCCCAGUGCAACGAGGGCGAGUGCAGGGGCUUCUACGCCGAGGACGAGGCGGGCGAGCUGCGCCACCAGUGGGGCGGCUACACGCGCGAGCAGUGCGCGGCCGCGCCGGGCGAGGCCUGCGACCGGUCCUGCCAGCGGUGCAUGUCGGAGAACGACGAGGCCCUCGACGACGGCCUCUGCUUCAACGCCGCGGGCGUCGUCCAGGUCGGCGAGUCCAAGGCGGACUGCUUCGCGAACGAGGCGUCCGGCUGGGAGUGGGCCGACUGCGCGUCGCAGGCCACGUACGACGACUGCUACCUCGCGAACGACGCGCGGCCCGAGCUCCAGUGCGCGAUCCGGUGGGACACGUGCACCGACGAGGCCGCGUGCGACGCCGCGGGCACGUGCGACGACCAGUGGUGGAACCGCCGCGAGCUCUGCGGCGACGCCGGCUGGGCGCACGGCGACACGUGCUGGGCGCACUACGACAACGCGACGACCGUCACGGUCAACGGCACGACGACCACGACCUACGAGUGGAUCUACGAGUCCUGCGACGACUGCAAGCGCCCCAGCGGCGUCUGCGUCGAGGACUUUGGGACCUACGGCUGCGAGCGCUACGCGUGGCACCAGUUCGGGUGCAAGGUCUUCGGCUCGAACUCUCCCGAGGACUGCGAGGCGCGCGGCAACGGCGCGACGUGGCGGACGCCGUCGGCGACGCGCGCCGAGUGCGAGGCGGCGACGCGCUGCGAGGAGGAGUGGUACGGCGCGAGCUCCAAGAGCCCGGAGGAGUGCGAGGCCUGCGGCGGCACGCAGGUCCGCGCCUGGCACUGGCACGGCGGCCAGUGGAGCGGCGCGUACGUGCGCGACCUCACGUGGUUCCCCCGCGUCGAGAUGGCGCCGCUGAACGUCGUCACGCCGCGGACGUCGAGCCGCAAGAUCGACGCGGAGCUCGGCCCGCCGCUCAUGCGGGCCUUCGCCGCGUCGCAGCGGAGCCAGCUCUACCUCACGCACACGAUGUGGUCCGCCGUCGUCAUGGAGCUGCUCUGCGAGUGCGGCGACGCCGACCCCGCCGUCUGCGGCGCCCACUCCGGCGGCGGCGCCGUCGCGGGCAAGGGCACGGGCUUCUGCGGCCUCGAGGAGCCCCUCCAGGCCGGCUGCGCGUCCGCGAUCUUCACCAAGGAGUGCGCCGACGACACGACCCUCGACCGGCGCCUCGCGGCGCCCGCGGCGCCCGCGGCGCGCGCGCUCGCCGCGGCGUCCGACAAGGCGGCGAAGUACCGCGGCGACUGCACGGAGUUCAAGAGCCGCAGGAAGUGCGCCCGGGCCUCCCCCUCGUGCUCCUGGAGCCACCUCAAGGGCAAGUGCAAGCGGAAGCGGGAGAAGUGCCGCGACAUCAAGAAGCGCAAGAUCUGCAAGAAGAAGAAGUACCACGGCCACUGCCACUGGAGCGGGAAGAAGGACAAGUGCCGCAAGCCCAAGUGCCGCGAGCUCAAGCACAAGGCGCACUGCAAGGCGCCCACCGGCGAGAACCUCGGCUGCGAGUGGCGCAGCGGCAGGAAGAAGUGCGUCGACGUGAAGAAGUGCGAGCGCGCGACGCGGAAGAAGGGCUGCCUCAAGGGCAAGAAGCUGAAGAAGCUCGGCUGCGCGUGGGACGACACAACGCAGACGUGCGCCGCCGGCGGCGCGGGCGAGUUCGGCGAGGGCGGCGGCUUCGACGAGGCGCCGGCCGACGACGCGGACAACGUCGACGUCGCCUUCUCGUCCAUGGGCGCGGGCGAGGUGCCCGGCGCGCGGCGCAUGCACGCGGACGGCUGCUGGGAGGCGACGACGCGCGUCGACGCGUACGUCGUCGAGAGCGCGGCGGGCGUCGUCGUCGGCCAGCUCGCGGGCGACGGCGUCGGCGUCGAGACGGUCGCGGGCUCCUUCGAGUCCGCCAAGCUCUGCCUGCCGACGCGCGCGGACCUCGUCGGCACCGGCGACCUCGCGUUCUCGCGCAAGGCCAUCGUCCGCUACGACGCGGCCGCGGCGCCCGCGUUCGCCGUCGUCCUCGCGGAGGCCGACCUCACGACCGCGACCGCGGCCAAGUUCUGCGGCACGCUCGCCGGCGACGGCGUCUACUUCCCCGCCUACGUCGCCGACGACCUCGACCCGACCAACGACGCGGCGUGCGCCGCCGGCGGCCUCUCGUUCGGCUCCGUCUGCGUCUGCUACUGCGGCUUCAGCGGCGCCAAGUGCGACGUCGGCUGCGAGAACUCGUGCAGCAUGCAGGGCACCUGCGGCGCCGACCCGGCCGCGCCGAACGCCUGCGCCUGCGCCGAGGGCUACUCGGGCGCCGACUGCGGCGUCGUCGACUGCCCCGGCGACGCCGCGGGCCACAAGUGCCACUGGCAGGGCGGCACGUGCCUCGCGACGGGCGCGUGCGAGUGCAACGACGGCUACAGCGGCGCCGCCUGCGACGUCCAGGCCGUGCGGCGGUCGACGAACGUCGACUUCCCCGAGCGCGCCUACGAGGACGACGGCGAGACGGACACGUCCAUCUUCGGCGGCCUCUACGACAUGUCGCCCGCGCCGACGCCCGCGCCCUCGCCGGCGCCGGGCGACCCGACGGCGCGGCCCACGACGCCCCGGCCCUCGGCGGAGCCGACGGCGAAGCCGACGCCCGCGCCGGGCGACCCGACGCGCCGGCCGACGCGCGAGCCGACGCCCAAGCCCACGUUCGGGCCCAAGCCCACGCCCGAGCCGACGCUCCGGCCCACGGCCUCGCAAGCGCCGACGGCCUACAAGCCCUGCGCCGACCACGGCAUCCAGGUGACGUGCCUCGCCGCGCACAUGUGCGAGUGGUCGCUCGCGACCGGCUGCUCGGACGUCCCCUGCGGCGAGAUCGACUCCCGGAACCGCUGCAAGAGCGCGGGCUGCGCGUGGCACAAACCCGAGGGCGCCGGGGACUGCAAGGACAACACGAGCGAGAAAGCGUGCAACAAGGACGCGCUCGGCUGCAAGUGGAAGAACGACAAGUGCAAGCCCAAGGGCGACGACGCCGGCGUCUGCGUCCUGCCGCCGACGCCCCAGCCGACGCUCCGGCCGACGGAGCGCCCGACGCCCGCGCCGGGCAACCCGACGGCCAAGCCGACGACCAGGCCGACGGCCGGGACGUGCGAAGACAUCACGAAGGCGAGCGUGUGCGAGAACAAGGCCGACUGCACGUGGAAGGCGGACAAGCAAAAGUGCAAGGGCGGCGACAUCGGCGGCGACGCCGGCGGCGGGAGCUGCAAGGACAACACGAGCGAGAAAGCGUGCAACAGGGACGCGCUCGGCUGCCAGUGGAAGAAGGACAAGUGCAAGGAGUCCAAGGGCGACGACGCCGGCGGCGGCGGCGACGCCGGCGGCGACGCCGGCGGCGGGAGCUGCAAGGACAACACGAGCGAGAAAGCGUGCAACAGGGACGCGCUCGGCUGCCAGUGGAAGAAGGACAAGUGCAAGGAGUCCAAGGGCGACGACGCCGGCGACGACGGCGAAACCACCACCACCUCCUCCGGCGGCGACGAUGGCGAACCCACCACCAAGUGCAAGAAGCUCGACAAGGCGGCCUGCAAGUCGAAGGAGAACAAGAAGCGCUGCAAGUACGACGAGAAGAAGGGCAAGUGCAAGGACGAGUCCUCCGGCGGCGACGCCGGCGAACCCACCACCAAGUGCAAGAAGCUCGACAAGGCGGCCUGCAAGUCGAAGGAGAACAAGAAGCGCUGCAAGUACGACGAGAAGAAGGGCAAGUGCAAGGACGAGUCCUCCGGCGGCGACGCCGGCGAACCCACCACCAAGUGCAAGAAGCUCGACGAGGCGGCCUGCAAAUCGAAGGCGAACAAGAAGCGCUGCAAGUACGACGAGAAGAAGGGCAAGUGCGAGGACAAGAAGGACAAGCCCUCCGGCGGCGGGAGCUGCAAGGACAACACGAGCGCGAAAGCGUGCAACAGGGACGCGCUCGGCUGCCAGUGGAAAAAGGACAAGUGCAAGGAGUCGAAGAAAAAGGAGGACGCGUGCUCCACGCUCAAGAGCUCGAUCCUGUGCGGCUCGCAGGAGACCUGCAAGUGGAUCGGCGCCACGGCCACGACCGACUGCGCCGUCAUCCCCGACAAGUCCAGCUGCAAGGCGCAGAAGAAGGCGGGCUGCAAGUGGUCCGGGGGCCAGUGCAAUGCGCCGGCGUCCGAGUGCAAGAGCAAGAAGUAG